GGAGCUAAGAUAUUAUACCACAGUUCUUAAUCAAUGGUCCUCACGGCUCGGCCACUCACCAGCUCCUCAAGUUUUUUCAGUCAUGUCCGCAACCUACGACAGAGCCUCUGCCAUCAAGGCCUUCGAUGAGUCCAGGACCGGCGUCAAAGGCCUCGUCGACGCAGGCGCCGACGAGCUCCCAGCUUUCUUCGUCGCUCCACCUAUCCAAGUCGAGCCCAAAUCCACAUCCAACCACCAAAUUCCUAUCGUAGAUCUUAAGGAUGUACAGGCCGAUGAAUCACGGAGGAAGCAAGCGGUGGAGGAGUUGAUGCACGCUGCGACGACAUAUGGCUUCUUUCAAGUUGUGAAUCACGGAAUUGCAGCGGACGUGCUCGACUCAAUGCUCCAAGGAGUGACGCAGUUCCAUGAGGGGCCGAUUGAGGUGAAGAAGCAGUACUACACGAGAGAUUUGAGGAAGAAGGUGCGCUUCAAUAGCAACUUCGAUCUCUACGUUUCGAGAGUAGCCAAUUGGAGGGAUACUCUGUCCUGUACCAUGGCGCCGGAGCCUCCACAAUUGGAGGAAUUGCCCGACGCAUGCAGAGGUAUUAUCUUCCAGUUCACAAACCACAUUCAAAGCUUGGGAACACUUCUGUUGGAGUUGUUUUCUGAGGCUCUUGGCCUCCGUAGUGAUCAUUUGAUACAGAUGGAGUGUGACAAAGGACUUUAUAUUCUAGGUCACUACUACCCACCCUGCCCACAGCCAGACCUCACUCUUGGAGCCAGCAAGCAUUCUGAUCCUGAUUUCAUCACCAUCCUUCUACAAGAUCAGAUUGGUGGCCUUCAAGUAAUGCACCAAAACCAGUGGCUUGAUGUCCCUCCCUCUACAGGAGCUUUAGUUGUAAAUAUUGGAGACCUUUUGCAGUUAAUAACUAAUGAUAAGUUUAGGAGUGCUGAGCAUCGAGUGCUGAUAAAGAAGGUAGGUCCAAGAACUUCAGUGGCUUGCUUCUUCACAACUCAACUUUGGCCAUCAACAAAGCUAUUUGGCCCAAUCAAAGAGUUGUCAAUAGAAAAACCCCCACUUUAUAGAGAAGUCACAGUGAGAGACUAUCACACAUACUACUACAAUAAAGGAAUUGAUGGACGAUCAGCCUUAGAUAACUACAAGUUGUGAUAAAAAAUGUGUGUUAAGCUGUUGUGAGUUACAACUAUUUAAGGUCUGUUGUAGAGUGAUAAACUAUUUAAGUUUGGCUGUGGAGUAAGCAAUUAGCGUAUUUAUGUAACAAACGAGAGUUGCUGUUAGUUUAUGAAUUUGUGCUGGAGUUAUAUAUAAUCUUUGAGAUGCUUAA